GAAAUGUCUCACAUCCCACUAAAUGAAUUGAAAGCAAUGCAAGAAAAGCUUGGACUAAAGGAGUAAGUAUUUUCCCAAGUUCAUUUUAAAGUUAACAGUGUUACGAUACAAAGAAUUAGAAGCUAUGGAGAUUUUCUUUUUUUCUUUUUGCAGAUUUAAUAAAAUUAAGUAUGGGACCGGUAUGAUCAACAAAAAGACACCAGCACACAGCUUUAAAAGAGAAAAUAAAAACAGGUUAAAAUUUACUUUCUUUUCAUGUAAACUAUUUAUAAACAUUUUUAUUAGUGUAACUUAAGCAGCAUUAAAUCAAAAGUGAUUGCUGGGUAAGUGAAAUCAGUUGUGGGUGAUCAAUGUGAAUACAUUUUCUGUAGAUUUUUCAUGGGGUUUGAUUUUCUGUAGAUUUUUCCAGAGAUCUUUAAAUACAUUUGAAAAACUGUUUAAAAAAAUGUUUUUAAUAGUAAUUAAUGCCUGAAUUAAAAUUAUUUCUUUGCACAUUAUCUUUAAACAAUUUACUGUCUCCGCCAGACCAACUGAGUUGUCUGCGAGAAGACCUGUUCCAAAGACACAUUUUGUAGCAAAAGAAAAGGUAAGCUGUUAAAAUAAUCCGGUAAUGUCUUCAAAGAUUUCAAGUGAAAAUUUAAAGCUCCUAAAAUUCAUAAAUUAUGGCUUCUUAACAUUAUUAUUUGAGUACCGGUAAUUAAUAUUUACGUCUUUGGUAUAUUGUUGUAAGACAAAUAUGUUUUUUUUAUGUUUGAGCUUAAAUUUAAACUGCUGUUACUGCACAUUUAUGUUUUACAAAAUGUCCAUUCUUUGGGGUUUUUUUUUCACCUCAAAUUGAAAUGUUAACAAAAUCAAUGUUUCAUCAGAUAACAAGAGAUCCUCGUUUUGAUGACUUGUCAGGAGAAUUCAAUGAGCAUAUUUUUAAGAAAACCUACAGUUUUAUAUCAGAUGUAAAAACAAAAGAAAAAAUGGUACAUACUUUUCCCUCUCAACUACUGGAUUUUAACUUUCUAAGUUUUAUUAGACCUUAAUCUUUUUUCUGGAUGUAAUUUAGCAAAUACCGGUACCAUAAAAUUAAUGCGAGAACUAGUUGCUUUAAAUUUAAUCAGUUUUAUUUAAUGUAGAUAGUCUGUAUGUUCAGAUGCCAUUGGCACUAGUAAUAUGAUUAGGUUUAAGAUGAACUUAAGUUGUAAUCUUAGAUAGUCUGUGUGUUCAGAUGCCACUGGCACUAGUAAUAUCAUUAGGUUUAAGUUGGAAAUCUUAGAUAGUCUGUGUUCAGAUGUCAUUGGCACUAGUAAUAUCAUUAGGUUUAAGUUGAACUUAAGUUGGAAAUCUUAGUCUGUAUGUUCAGAGGCCAUUGGCACUAGUAAUAUCAUUAGGUUUAAGUUGAAACUUAUGUUGGAAAUCAUCUACAUCAGUGCUGUUCAACCUUUUUGACUCCGGGGGCCAAUUUUUUUUUUUUUUCGUGAAUCCGAGGGCCGCACUUUUUUAAAUUACUAUUUUUUUAAAAUUAUUCAAUUUAUUAACGCUCUUUAUCUUAUUUAUGCAUAAAAAUCCUAAAUCUGUUACCAGUGUCAUCUCAACGAAUAAAAACUGUAGCACAUCUGUAAUUCUAUAUUUGGCUUUGACUUGAACUUGCAAUCUUUUUAAUUUGUGGCUGGUAUUCACUUACUGCUGCCCUUAUUACGUUUCCAAAAUGUUUGUCAGUCAAAGCAUUUUGUUUUUUGGACAUGAUAUUGGUCAUUACUGAGAAUCCAGCUUCACAGACUUAGGUGCUUUCAAACAUCGUCAAUAUCUUUUUACAUCAUUUCAAUAGUUGGGAAUUCAUCUGAAGAAACACAGGUCAUCCAGAAUUCAGUUGGUGGCACAUUCUUAUGUUUUUCACAAAGAGCCAUGUUAUGCUAAAUUUCGAUGAUUUUAAGCUGUACUGCGCCUUCAUCUGAUCCUAAUAAUGGCGUCUUCUUUGUGGCUACAAUGGAAAUAUUACAUGUGAACGGAUUUUCAACAAAAAGUAAAACAGGAGUAAGACUGCGAAUAUCUUUAACGAUCUUUUACCUUUUAAAUCUAACUUCAACCCUUUCUAACAAUAGAUUGAAUUGCUCACUUAUGACCACCUCUGGAAGUUGUUGUGUAGCCUUUGCAAAGGCUGGGAAGUGAGUAAAAUAUGACUGAUUCAGUUGAGUACCGGUAAUGAAAGUCCAGCUUAGAUUCAAAAAUACUAAUUUCUUUCAUUAGCAUUGGUAAGAUUUGAAAACACCCUUUCAAUUUUAAAUUGAAUUCAUUAAGGCGACCUGUGAUAUCAGUUAGAAUAGAAAUGUUAGCCUUACAAUAAACUCAGGCAUCUCCAUAUUGUUUAACAAAUCGCUCUUUGCUUUGGACCUGGAAACAGUUCCAUUUCUUCAAUUAGAUCCCAGAAUCUUGCCAGCACUUUCCCUUUGCUCAGCCAUGAAGAACGAAAUCCCCAAAAUUUCUUUCAUAGUCUUCUACCAAAAUCUUAAACUGCCAGUGACGUAAUGGAUUAGCUGGAAUGAAAUUUUCAAUUUUCACUACACUUUCCAUAACAUUUAGCUGUGUAUCAUCUUUCAGCUUUGAACAAAGAGAUUGCUGAUGAAUUAGCAUUGUAUAAUGUCUGGAAAAUCAUUAUCAGCCAUCAGCAAACCAAUCAGGCCAACUCUCCUUCCCACCAGCGUAGGAGCACCAUCUGUUGUAACGUAAAUAAGCUUCUUCAAAUCAAAACUAUUCUUUAAUAGAAAUUUUUUCUGUGCCUUAUAUACAUCAUCCCCACGGGUUGUAUUUUUCAAUGGAAGUAGUGCCAAUAAUUCUUUAAAUCCAUUUUCCAUCUAACCCAAACAAUAAGUUGGACUGUGUUAGUGAUAUCACAUGAUUCAUCCAAUGCAAGUCUAAAACAGGUAGUCUUUUUCAAAUCAUGAAGCAACUGCUCAAAUAUAUCCCCAGGCAUACUUUCAACACAUCUUGCUACAGUCUGGUCAGAAAGCUGAAGAUUAGAUAUUUGUUUUUUUAUUUCUUCUUUGUUUUUAAAUUCAGCUAAUAAUGAAUCUGCCCAUUCUUGAAAUUUUUACAGUUUCACCAUCUGAAAAUGGUUUUUGCUUCUUAGCUAAUAUCCAGCUAAUACUAAUAAUGAAAGAUGCUUCAGUAUCACAGUCCCUUGAGCUCAAAAUCCGACGAAAAACAUUUUGCCUGCUAUUCAGAUCCUUUUUGAAAUAAAUAACUUUGUCGUUUCUUAACUUUGUUCCAAAUGGAAACUCUUUCACAAAAUCUGCAUGCACUGACUUGUGGUGUCUCUGCAGAUUGGCCUUUUUCAUAACAGAAAUAGAAGUCUGGCAUAUCAAUCACAUUGGCUUUUCAUUAAAGAAUGAAAACAAAAAUUCCAGUUCCCUUGAAGCGUUAAAAGUACAGUUCACUUCCUUUUUUUACUUGCCAUUUUGGCUUGAUCUUUUUAGAAAUAAAAAUACUCUCAAGAAUCGUUAGUACUGUGUCUCAGAAUUUCCUGCUUUCUACUCCUGGAAUUGAUCCUACUCUGAUCACUGAAUACCAGGUACUAGUCUAAUUUCGUCUUAAAAAUACAGGAUGGUCAUACUGCCCCCACCUGGACAGCCUGCCUAUUACAUUUCAACUGGUUCACAUUCUCCCCUCCCCCCAAAUUUGCGACACCUUUAAUGCCCAGAUCUAGGUGGUCACAUAUCUAGUUCAUCUAAACCAGUCCCUUUGGUGCGCAUGGACAUUUUACGAUGACUGACCAACUAGCUAGUUGCUGUACUUCAAGUUGUUUCCAAAUUAUUCUCUCUAUUAGUAACGCCGUUAGUAAUUAUACCCGUACAUGACAACCCCACCCCCAAUCCACUUUUCUUUUGUGGCUGGUCGAAGCAAGCAGCAGAAAGACGAAGAAGUUAGUAUCACAUUUCACGUUAUCCAGUGUUCCCACAUUGUUCAUUUGCUGCCGCGCUGAACAUAAAUUACUGUUACCUGUGAAGCAUCUCUCUCCUUUUGCCACACCCACUAUUUAUUUGAAUACCACUACUGCUGCUGUACUCUUAUGAGAUUUCUCAAAAAUAUAGAAUCACUGAAGAUGUUUAUUUUUUUAACAAAUGGUUAUGGUAAAAAUGUCUCAAGCCCUGGCGGACAAUUUAAAACCAGUUUGCGGGUUGGACAGCACUGAUCUACACAGAAAAAAGCUAAAAACGAAAUAUAUGCAAAUAUUAAAAAUUUAGUUAGAUUUAAUCUAAAUGGUCUAACAAAUUUUAGCUGUAGCAUUGGGCCAACCAGAGAUAUAAGCAUUUAAAUGUUAAUCAGAAAUGAAUAUGUAUAUACAUCUUUAAUUUCAGAAACUGAAGAAGAUAAUUGAGAAGACAACUGACAAAGAGAAAAAAAUUGAACUAAAGCAACUAUAUAACAGAUUGGUAAUACCUACAGUUGUUUGUUUUUUCUUUUUUGUGUAGCUUUCAAGUUUUUUAGGGAAAUGUAUUUUGCUAGAAGUUUGCUUGUUAACUGGUAAUCAAAAUGGCUAUUACAAUUGUUUAACACCUUUUACUAAGGAAAGCCAACCAAAUAAAUUAUUAUUUCAACUUAUUUAGGUACAGAAGGAGUUGGCAGAAGUGAGAAAAAACAAAAAAGAAGAAUUAGAAAGGCAAUGGAAAAAGAAGGAAUUUGAACAAGUUCAAGAAGGGAAAAAACCAUAUUUCUUAAAGAAAUGUAAGUUACUAUUCUUGAUUUAUUUUAUGGCUGAGCCAGGUGUAGUGUUUUCCAUGUCUGGGUAUUUUGAGAAAAUUGAUGGGCAAGUCCAGAUAUUAAAACAAAAAGAGUUAUGUUAUAUUCUCAUUUUCUAUAAUGUGUUCCACCCAAUGGGGAAAAGUGAAAUGAGCAUGCAUAGAAUGAGUAGCUAUCACGAAGGCAUGAAAGUUGAAGGUUUUUAAAACACUAAUACUAGUAGCUUAAUAAUAUAAUCUUAACCCAGUGUUUCUCAACCUUUUUAGUGCCUUGACCCCUUUAUAACAUUUGCCAAGUUGUAGGGACCCACAACCAGAAUUAUACCUUGAAAUUGUGAAACAGGUGUUGAGAAGAAAGGAUUGGGCAGAGCUUUUUUGUAGACAAAACGGUGUUGAUACUUCAAUUUCACUAAAGGUUGCAGAAAUAAGAAAUAAGGGCUGAGAUAGGUGGAGGGCUCUGUUAGUCAGUUCCCAGAAAAUGUUUGAUAAGUUCACACACCUGGUUAUAAUUUUCCUUAAAAAAGCUGCUAACUUUUAAGUUUAGGAACAAAAAAAAUGAAACAGCAAAAAAAAUUAUACUAAUCAGAAUUAUUUCUGUGUAAUUUUUAAAAAAUAAAUAAUUUUGCAAAAUAUUUGUAAUGUAUCAAAUUAGCACUGACAUCUAUCUAUGGAAUGAAUCAUAAUUUUUAUUUUUUAAACUUUUUUUGUUGCUGUACUGAGUGUAGUAACAAAUAAGAAACUAGUCCAAUCACUGUAAAUUAGUGUAAAAUAAUAUUAAAAUUUUUUAAUGCAGUCACAAUUACGCACAUAAAAAAACCUCCCUAAAUUUUCUGAAAUUCUAAGGCAACCCUGAACAGUUUUUCUGAUACCAACAUACACAUAUAGUGAAAUAAUAUUUAUAUCAUCGUCAUGGUGAUACCAUCCUAGCCUACCUACAGUUAAGCCAAUUUAUUGCUUCAUUUAUUAAAUGAGUGUUAAUUUACAUUACUAUUAUUGAAUUAUAGCAACUACCGGUACAUUAUAUUCAGAGCUUUGUAUUUUCAUUUAGCUUAAAUUUAGUUUCACACCAAUCGGCUGGUAGGUUUAUCAUUAUUUUAUUAAUUGAGGUGAAUAUAAAAAUAAGAUGCAUUGGUUCUAUACUAAUACUUGCACUUUACAUUCUCCCAUUGGGUUGAAUACAUUAUAGAAAAAUGAGAAGAUAAAUUCCUUUUUUUUUAAACACCCGGACCAAGUUCCAUUUUUUUGCUGGUUGUACCAAUACUGGGCACUUCUGGGUCAGUAACCAGCUCACCCGGAAUUAAUUUUUUGGGUAUCCAUACAUAUUAUUUUAAUAUUUUAAAGACUUUUUUUUUUACUGCAUGCAAUUCUGAAUAAAAGAAAAAGGUUAAUUAAUAAUUGAUCUAUUAUUAUAUUUUUUAGCUGAGAAAAAAGCUUUACUUGAUGCUGAAUUCAAAAAAGAGCUUGAGGAAACUGGGAAAAUGCAAAAAUACUUAACCAGAAAGAGCAAAAAGUUGGCAGCCAAAGAGAAAAGAAAAAAUGCCUGGAGCACUGAAGAUAUUUAAAUUUAAUUUGCCUUUCUUGAUUGUUUAUAUAUAUAUAUAAUAUUAAAUUUCAACUGUACAUAUGAUUUAAAAUGUUAAUGGUUUUUUAUUACAAAAUUGUCCACUGAUCUAAUAUCUUAAGAAAAACAGCAGACGGUCGAG